AUGGGCUUGCAUAGCCCCUUCUGGGGCUCACCGAGCUCCAAAGCUAACUUCUGUGAAGAAGAUUACUUAGUGACAAAGUAUAUUGCUGAAUUUGUCAAUACAUUGACCAAUCUUGCCUAUGUUCUUUAUGCAAUCUAUGGACUCCGUCAACUGCGACGAAAAUCAAAUGUUGAUUUCUUCAGGGCUCUGCCCUAUUGGGGUUUGAUGGCCGUUGGAAUAUGCUCUGGCAUUUUCCAUACUAGUCUUCAUUACCACACGCAGAUGAUGGAUGAUCUAUCUAUGCUCUUUACGACAACUCCAGUUCUCCAUCGAGUACUCACAGUCAAUUCAGAUCGAAGAAACUCAAGCCUCACUGCGAUUAUUUUAGCCUCGGCUCUGGCAAUUGUUGUUGCUUAUCAUAUGGCAACUGAUGAGCUACUUCUACACUCCGUGACUUUUGUUGCGUCCAUUUUCAUCAUUGGGGUUCGCACUAUUCAAUUGAUCAAUACUCGAGUUCCGGGUAAUUCAGUGACACGAACACAAAUUUGGGGUAUGGUGCGAUUCGGAGCUGUCAUUUUCCAUCUCGGGUAUGCAGUCUGGAUUCUUGAUGGAUGGGUCUGCGGCUUCUUGAGAAGCUCCCGGAGAGCUAUAGGGUUGCCUUGGGCUUUUCUACUCGAGCUACAUGGAUGGUGGCAUAUUUUCACUGGCAUUGGAGCCUACAUUUUCAUCGCGGUCAUAGAUUACCUCGUAUCUGACGACGAGCACCUGGAUGUUGAAGGAUCUUUUGCCUGGCCAGCUGCAUGGGCUUCUCAGUCAAUAUUCGCUGGAAUGGGCUCAUCUUCGCGAGGGGAAGCUGCAAAGAAGCAGGAAUGA